AUGUUCGAAGUAUUCAGAAUCCUGUCCGUGUACGCCGUUCUCGUCCGUCAGCUGGAUGGCAAAUCCCUCGGCUCGAAAUUAGGCGUGAACCUUGUUUGGGCACAGGCUCUGGCUAAAAGAACUCGCUGGUCCACUGCCGUGGAAAGCGUGGCUGCUAUCGCGAACAGCUAUCCUAUCUCGCAGGGGUCUGAAACCGCCGGACCCUUUUCGGGCAAUAUCCAGCUGCGGCAUAAUUUCGGAAGCAAACCAGAGGGAAGAAGUAGCGUACAAUUCAAUGCAACCGGCCAAUUGAGACGAGAUGACCACAAUUUCGGUUCAAAGAAGCGAGCUGGCCUGAAAGCAGACGGUCCCCGAAGCGGACGUCGUGGACCAUAA